AUGAGCAUCACCUUUGUGCCAGUAUCCAAGGUGAAUGGGCAGGUGGAGGUUGAGGACAUCCUGGCAGCUGUCUGCCCGGCCACGUGCCUCGUGACUAUCAUGCUGGCCAAUAACGAGACUGGUGUCAUUAUGCCCAUCUCUGAAAUCAGUCAGCGAAUUAAAGCCCUGAACCAGAAGCGGGUAGCUUCCGGGCUGCCGGUCAUUCUGCUACACACAGAUGCAGCACAGGCCCUGGGGAAACGGCACGUGGAUGUGGAGGACCUGGGUGUGGACUUCCUGACCAUCGUUGGGCACAAGUUCUAUGGUCCCAGGAUUGGAGCACUUUAUGUCCGAGGGCUUGGUGAACUUACCCCUCUGUACCCUAUGCUGUUUGGAGGUGGACAAGAACGGAAUUUCAGGCCAGGGACCGAGAACACGCCGAUGAUCGCCGGCCUUGGGAAGGCUGCUGAGCUGGUGACCAGGAAUUGCGAGGCUUACGAGGCCCACAUGAGAGAUGUUCGUGACUACCUGGAGGAGCGGCUGGAGGCUGAAUUUGGCCGCGUGGUGCUGGCACAGUGCAGGACGCUGCUGGCUAGCGUGGGGGCUGCGUGCCACUCGGACCACGCGGAUCGGCCGUCCCCGGUGCUGCUGAGCUGUGGCAUUCCCUUCGACGUGGCCAGGAACGCACUCCGGCUCAGCGUGGGCCGCAGCAACACCAGGGCCGAGGUGGACCUCAUCGUGCAGGACCUGAAGCAGGCCGUGGCCCAGCUGGAGGGUCAGGCCUAGUGCCCAGGGUGCCCCAUAGGAAGCCGUGCCGAGGGCCGUGCCAGAAUGGCUCUCCUGAUUUGUCCCAGUCUUAGUCUUGUCCCAGAGUGUCUGACGCGGAGAUGGGUCAGUGGGUGUGUGUGCGCACACGUGCUCUGGGCCCCCUUCCUGUCCUCGGGUCAGUGGAGAGCCGGUCUGUCGGGCAGGCAGACCCCACAGGUGCUUCUAGGCCCAGGACACAAACCUGUGUGGGACUGUCCCCACCACCCCGCGGCGCAGGUUGAAGUGGAAACAUUUCAGCUGUGUCAGUGCUCCCCUCUGGGAAUUGGGGUGAGCCUGUUGUGAGUGCCACCUUCCUGGAAGGUGGCGUUUUUACCCAGAAGAUAACAUCCUAGUAUUUACAAACCGUUGUCAGUUGCUACCAUGAACAUAGGAAACCUGAUUUUUGCUGCAGUCAUGGCCUCCCGUGCCUGUUGGCACCGAGGUCCGUCCGCCCGUGUUCUCCGAUCUUGCUCUUGGCCCUUCCCAAGCCCUUCCGAGGUCAGGCCCCGCUCCCUGCUCUGUGUCCCCCCACUUCCCCGCCCCGCCUGACCUCUGCACUCAGCCUGCCAGCCACCCAGAGCCACCAGGCCCCACCGGCCUUUUCCCUGUGGUCAUUUACUCAGGGUUCCAGCGCAGACGUGGGAGUCGGGGGGCGGCCGGGCUUAUGUGACCCCGGCUCAUUCCUGCGGUGGGAAAUGAGUUUGUCCCUAGCUCCGCUGGCAUGAUGAUGUUAUUCCCAGAUGGAUUUUGCUAUCCUUACCCUGCUCUGCGACGUCCUGAUACACCCUGGACGGUGUGACUUACAGAGCUACUUCACGUAGCAGUGAUUUCUUAAUACACUUUUAACAUGUGGUUUUAAGGUGCAAAGAACUACAUGAUGACAUUGAAGAGACUGUUGUCAGAAAUUAAGUGAAUAAAAUAUUCCAAUGCUGCUAUUA